AUGGUGCUUGGGAACUGGCUGGGCAUCGGCAAAGGAGGUAAAAAUAGGCGACGAGGUAAGAAUGAGAACGAAUCAGAAAAAAGAGAACUGGUGUUCAAGGAAGACGGGCAAGAAUAUGCCCAGGUGAUCAAGAUGUUAGGCAAUGGAAGACUGGAGGCAUUAUGUUUUGAUGGUGUGAAGAGGUUAUGUCAUAUUAGAGGGAAACUAAGAAAAAAGGUUUGGAUAAAUACAUCUGAUAUUAUAUUGGUUGGCUUAAGAGACUAUCAGGAUAACAAGGCUGAUGUUAUUCUAAAGUACAAUGCAGAUGAAGCCAGAAGUCUGAAAGCAUAUGGGGAGCUUCCAGAACAUGCUAAAAUCAACGAAACAGACACGUUUGGUCCUGGAGAUGAUGAUGAAAUCCAGUUUGAUGAUAUUGGAGAUGAUGAUGAAGAUAUUGAUGAUAUCUAAUUUGGAACAGAGGUUUACAUUCCGACUUUUUUCCUCCAAGGAUUGUUCUACAUUGAUAUUUCGAUUAUUUUUUGGGUGAAGUCCCUUUCUUUUAAGAAGACUGAAAAUUCUCGGUAAAGAGUGUAGUUUGUUACAUCAAAAGGAUUUAUUUUCAAUGUUUGUUUUAAAGUAUUUAUAUUUCUUUAGAAAUGGAUAAUGCUGGAUUAUCACAAAGGCUCAAUGAAACGCCACAAAUAUUUUGUCUCUUCACCAAUUAGAGCUUUUACCUCUGGAUGUAAGUGAGAUACAGUGACAUGGGCUGUAAAAGACUGCAUUUUCCCCUCUUCUGCUUUCAUCACUACAAUUCCAGUUAAACUUGUAUUUUGAAAUAAAAAUUGUUUACCCUGUAAUUAUCAUGGAUUUUGAUUAAACACAAAUGCCCAGUUCAGAUUAGUAUCAAAUUAUACUAUGCAGUGUCUGUCCUUAUACCCCUUGCCUUGAUGUUAACUUUAAAAAGAUUUUGAUAAUAUAAAAGGAAGGCAGAAAUCUGCAUUUACAUUCAUAAUGCACGAUGAAUCUGCUUUCCCUGUCUAGUAGCAUGCUGCUAUUUUUAUACUGAUUUUGAUAAUUAAAAACACUCAUGAUUUCCAAGAUGUAAAUUUGCCACAGUGGAGGGGUAGGGGAGAAGUAAAGAGAAAACGUAAGCAGCAUCUCAAAUUCGCAGUUGUUAAAAACUGUCUUGUAUGCAUAGCUCUUCCGUGUUGUAAGUACAGUAGUCGAGCUGUAGUUUCAGAAGAUGAACGCUGGGUGGCACCCAACUUAACAGGGAUACAUGAAUACAAAACCUAACAGUUGGGUUUGUACUGCAAAAAUACGUAAAAUAGUUCUUCCCCAAAGUGAAUGCUUAACAUUCUUGAUAUGUUAAACAUGUAGAAUAUUUUUACAUUAUAGAAAAGGUUAUGUUAAGAGUAGAGUUUUAUUUUAAUCUUAAAUUCCAUACAUUGUAAGGUACAACAUUAAAGCUUACCUGAACUUUGAAUAACAAUAUAAAUGAGAAAAUGAAUUUGUGUCAAACGUAGGAAAAGAAUCUUUUCAUCCAGAAUAAACCGCUGACACAAACUAAUGGAAAGAUUCUUCUCCACCUUCAGACUGGAGGAGUCAGUUAAGAAGCUGAAUAAAGAUUAACGUCAUCACGCAAAUAUUAUUUUGUGGUAGCCUUAGUUUCUUUGUCUUCAAUUAUGUAUUUAACAACUCUGAAAGCAGGUUAAUGGAAAACUUCCUUUUGUGCCAUAAAAAUCUGAUUCUUGACACUUGUAUUCGUUAUACAGUCUUUUUGGUAUGAUGUAAAGUGACUACCCCAAUAGAUAAAAACACAAUGGCUUUAAAUAUGGAGUGGCCUCAUUGCUUUACAUGAUUUUGAAGGAGGAGUUAUGUGCUUGACUUGAACUUCCAGAGCUUUUGCGAAUAUGUCUUCUCUUUUGCUUUUUUCAUUCAUUGUAGUGUCUAUUUUCCUUACGCGGAACUGGUAUCUUAUGCUGGGGAUAAUGUUUUCUUGGUAUUAAGUAAUUUUGCCAAAUGUUUCAUGGGGUUUAAAUAUUUGUUGUAAAAACUUGCUAAAUAUUGGGAAAAGAUACUGCUAAUAUAACAUUCUUACUCUGAUCUUAAAAGUAUAUGAAUUUACUGUCUUUGUAUGCCUAUAAGGUUCAGUUGUGAAGUGACAUAAAUGCUGUAGUGUUUCAGAAUAAGGUUUAUAAACCAUUCCCUAGCUCAUGGGUUUCCUCAACGCUUUAAGCAGACUAUGAGCAGCUCUAAAAGAGGUUAAAAGCUCUCAGAACUGAUCUUCAGGUCCAAGUGCAGAAGAUGUCUGUUCCUUCAGUUGUGCUAGCAGAAAGGUUAAUGAUUAAAUUACAGUGAAUGUUUACUGAAGGCACAGAUGAUCUGGAAAUUAUGCUUGCCAAAACCAGUCUUGUACAUGUGGGGAGAAAUGCGAAAUGUGCGGUCAGUGGUAAGGAGAAACACAAAUGCACACGGUGCUGUCGCAAGGAACUUGCUUCACUGUACCAGAGUUCUCCAGUGUAACAGAGACUUCAGCUGUGGGACAAAGAUGAAACUCUGUUCCUGGCAGAGCUGGUGAUGGUUUGCCCUGAGGUUCCUUCCAGUCUUUAUUGUUCCCAGGCUCGUGUCUGGCUCAGCCUAAACUCUGCAGAGUUUUUAAGGGAAUUUCCUAUUUAACUAUUAAUUUCUUAUUAAUGCUCCAGCUCAACACCAUCUGAUUUCUGCUUACAUGUUAGGCUGCAUUGCCUUCCUUGAAUACGCCUCCUCACCUUGUUUCUCUGUCCGCCGCUAAAGCUCCUUUCGGAGAGCAAUCUCGGCAGCUUUAUAUUGUCCCUUCUCGCUUCUCUUUUCUUUGGGGGGGGAAACCAGCUCGCACGAGUACCUCUCUUCUCAGUGUCUGCGUGCAAAGAACAGCGGUAGAACAGCAGCUGCCGGGAUUGCAGGACUGUAAAGCCAUGAAAGGCGCUCCAUUGGUAAGAGUAUUUUCUAGGUAAAUUCUUAAUAAUUCUUGUUUAAUUUGGGGAACUGCUGCUGGCUUUUUACCUAUAGUGUAAAAUCGAAACUAGGGAUUCAAAAAUUAAUUUUGUGCAGCUAAAGCCUAAACUUUGU